AUAGUUACAAUCGCCUGCGUGUGAAAUAAAAAAUAACGCCUCUCUUAUUUUUUUUUGUACAAAAAUAAGUUAUUAACUUAUGAUUUGUAGUUUCUUAUUAUUUGUAUGUAGCCUAGAUGAAGUUUGUAAACAGGCAUUGUGUUAACAGUUGAACAAUAUCCCCAAAACCAAAUGCAAUGAUUAGGAGUGAAGUAUGACGGAACAUCUCAAGAAUGCAACAUUAGCAAAUGAGCUGGCAUACUCAUUAAUUGGGCAAAUGGCUAAAGACUAGAAAAGUCGAUUACCAUUGGCAGCCAUUGCAGGAGAUCUCUAGGACAGCCACAGAGCAGGGUUAGGGUUAGAGUAGACUGACUAUACUACAGUGUUUACAGUCUUUAUAUGAAUAGACAAAAAAAAAUCGUUUGCAUUAUAGGCAAGGGAGAUCAAUCUGAUUUAUUUGUAACUUUGUCAACAACAGAUUUGCAGGUGACGGAUUUACUAGAUCUAAUCUUAGUAUUUAAGUAGACCUAUGUAAAGACUACUAAAGACAGUAAACUAAGCACACAUCAUCAUUUUGAUCAUUCACCGAGAGGAUUAGUAUUUCUUCCCACAAUGGACAAAUCUUUGCUUUUUAAAAAACCUCGUCAUCCAAUUCUUGAAGACUUUUUACUGCGCAACCCUGGAUGUGAUGAGGAUGAAGGGCAAAGAACUUUUUCUAUUUAUCAAGACCUUACAGAAGUGAAAGCCUGGUGGUACACAGAACUGGCCUUCAGUGAACUCUUUGAGAAAUCUUAUAUAGUUGGUCAGCCCAGUAAGUCAGAACCUAAACAAGCUAUAGUGCCUAUAGGGGUAGAGGAACAAAUUUCAAUCAAUGAAAUGCACCAGUAUUUUUCAAAUAUACUUAUUGAUGAUGAGCCUGUAGGAAGUUUGAUUCUGGCAGUGAAUGACUUUGACACGACUACCGUCUACUAUAAAAUAACCAAAGGUCUGUCUCCCCCAGACUCACCAGAAACAGCAAACAAACUGAAAACUUUAAAGAGCCAAAAACUAAGUAGAAAAAGACAAUUUAUUGCAGAUUGUGUUCGACAUGCAGAGGAAAGGCUCUCAAAGCAAUCAACAUGAUUUUU